AUGUCUGAAACAAACAUCGUCCUUAUCACUGGCGCCAACCGAGGUAUUGGCUACGGAGUCGCCCGAAACCUCGCAAAGCAGCACGUCGACUAUCUUGUCAUCAUGGGCAGUCGAGACUUAUCUAAAGGGCAAGAAGCGGUCUCUGCUCUCAAUGCUGAGGGGAUCUCCUCAGUCACGAGCGUCGAGAUCGAUGUGACCUCCGACGAAUCGGUUGCCGCCGCUAAAUUCUACAUCGAAGAGAAAUUUGGACGUCUCGACGUGCUAAUUAAUAAUGCCGGAAUUGCCCUCGACGUCAAAGAUCGCGGAAAGUACCCACUGCGCGAGAUGAUGAAGCGGACAUAUGAAGUGAAUGUUUUCGGUGCAGCAGCGGUGACGGAGGCGUUCAUACCGUUACUUGAGAAGUCAAGGAACCCGAGAAUUGUGUUUACGUCUUCGUCAGUCGGGUCCCUGGGACGAACCUCUGAUCUGACGAAUCCGUGGGCUACUGCGCAGAUUCCGGCGUAUUCCACCAGCAAGGCGGCGUUGAACAUGACUAUGGUAUAUUAUGCAAACAUUUUGCGUGAGAAGGGGUUCAAAGUCAAUGCAUCGUGCCCAGGACAUAUUAGGACGGACUUGAAUAACCAUCGUGGGACCGGAACCCUUGACGAAGGUGCUGUUAAUUUGAUUCGUUUGGCAACGCUUCCGAAAGAUGGAGAGUCAGGCACGUUUUCGACGGCCCAAGGGCCUCAGUUGUGGUAG